AAGGCUCGAAGACCAAGUGGAUCAUGCAGGAAUUUAGAGUCAAUGAUGCCCAACCUGGUGGAACAAGCACAAUCAAGGGAGUCGAUGGUGACAACAUGAAGUUGGAAAAGUGUGUUCUCUGUAAGAUCUACAAGAAUGUUGAUAACUCUACGAGGGAAGGUGCAAGACAGAAUGAAGACCUUGAACUCGACACACAACAUGGCCAAAGCAUAGCACCGAAUAACGAUGAUGUCACGGUGACAAAUUCAGGCCAGGCUACCGAUGAAGAUAAGAGUUAUGACCAACCAAUGCCCCAAAAUGAUAGGGCAAAUGAUGGAGGUACAAGUGUUUAUGAUGUCACGGUGACUAAUUCAGACCAGACUACCAAUGAAGAUAAGAGGUAUGAUCAAACAAUGCCCCCAAAUGAUAGGGCAAUUGAGGAAGGUACAAGUGUUUAUGAUGUCACGGUGACUAAUUCAGACCAGACUACCGAUGAAGAUAAGAGGUAUAAC